GGACGAGUUAUUCGUCGCACUUAAAAAUUCCACAAAGGAUGAGGUCAAUUGCACGUUUAUCAAUGAGAUGGCGGAUUGGAAAGGUGCAGUCAAAGACUUCCUCGACGUGCGUAUUGGUGGUUACUCCACUCCGCACUUGUUCAAGUUCUAUAUGGACGGAGACAACCCUGCGAUGGUCUACAAAGAGCAUUGCAAUGACAGUGAAUGGAUGCCGGAGGGCGGAGCAAUUUACUGGUUCAAGCGGGAUAGAUACGGGAGAUGGGCGGGGCCGUCUUUUCCGUUGGAACAGUUUGCCUUGAAGUUGAACUUGGACAACGGAGACUUUGUCAAACGUCGCCAAGGUGUCAGUGCCUUGGUCGAGGAGUGGAAAGACGAGCGACCAGAAUUCGAGAAACACGAAGAAUGGAAACGUCAGUUGGAAAUAAGUCGUCUGGACUACUGGGACAAACAGUCAGACAUGUUCAAUAAGCUGGAACAGGAAAAAACCUCGCAACCUGCUCCGUUGUCAACUCCGUUCUGGCCAACACGGAUGACGGGAAGCGUAGAAGAGGUGAAGAUUCAUCGCGACGACAGCAAAGACUUCUGGUACUUGUACUCGUUGGAGCAAGAAGUCGAUGUGGAGCCCGACGCCGAGGACAGUAUUGAAGACCCUAUUACAUCAAUGGAGAUGAUUGACGUGUGGAAAACAUUGUGUGUAAAGCAGCAAUGGUUAGAGUGGGACAGGAAACACGCCAAACAAUGUGCUUGGUUUUACAUCGGAAAACUGCACUUGUCGUUCCCGAUCUUUGUAGAUUUCUACGGUCGAAUCCGGGUGUUGAAUCGUAACACCACCAUUGUGACACUUUUCACAGCGGCCAAGGUGAACGAUAAAAAAAUCAAUGCGUUCUUCCUUGCUAGAGAGGAGUUUCACAAUAUCACACUUACAUCUCAGGAAGCAUUCAACGACCCUACACUCGAUGGAUCGCUUGGGCGCUUCAAAACUCGAAUAUCCCAUGAUCAUGCUCUAAGGAAAGAGCUCGACAUGAGGAUAGAAUGCUUAGUGCACAGUCAUGUUCAUUAUCUGUUCGGCACUUAUGAAGAGAUAUCAUGGACCGUCGAACAUCGAGAUGACACGUUGGAUGUUCUUUUCAAUAGAAAAAAGUACGCACGUGGGGGGAAGAAAGCAGUGACAUUUUCCACUGGUUGGAGCAGAGACGUGUACGACUGUCCUUACUGUGGCGACGGACACAUUCGAUGGUCAGGCGCUCGGAUGGCAGGACGGUGGGGUGGUCGGGUGGUGGGAUGCGAGGAUUGGAGGAUGGGAGGAUGGCAGAAUGGCGGAAUGGCAAGAUGGGAGGAUGGUCAGGCGGCAGGAUGGCAGGAUGGCAGGGUUGCAGGAUGGAAGGAUGGCAGGACGGUGAGAUCGAGCAGUGAAGCUCGACCAUCGUAUGGUGGGGUGUCGCGAUGGUCGGGCGCUCGGAUGGCAGGACGGUGGGGUGGUCGGGUAGUUGGAUGCGAGGAUAGGAGGAUGGGAGGAUUACAGAAUGACGGAAUGGCAAGAUGGGAGGAUGGUCGGGCAGCAGGAUGGCAGAAUGGCAGGGUUGCAGGAUGGAAGGAUGGGAGGACGGUCGGAUCGAGCGGUGAAGCUCGACCAUCGUAUGGUGGGGUGUCGCGUUGAAGCCCGACCAUCGGAUGGUGGGGUGCCUCGUUGAAGCCCCCCAUCAAAUGGUAGGAUGCCGCGUUGAAGCCCGACCAUC